AUGUCUCUACCGCUAAAGCUGGUGGCUGGGAUCCUCACUGACGCUCAGAAGGCAGCAAUCGCCCUGACGUUGGCUCAGGAUCUUAGCUCUAGUGAGAAUUCUAUGGCAUUGGCAGAUCUCAUCAGAGACGUAGAUGAAGAUACAAUGAAAAAGAUCUUGCCAAAUGUGAAAGAAGAAUGUUUGAAGGCAGUUAGCAGUGGGGACUCAGAGGCAACAACUAGCACGAUAAACUAUGCGAACUCCUCAGCUGAGAUUUGUACUGCCAUUUUGCAGCACGUUCUACAGUUAUUAGAAGCAUCUCUUGAAGGUGUGCAGAUAUUAAGAAAAGGAGAACAUUAUGGCUCAGAGGAACCGUUGCGGAACGAGGAAAUUUUCAAUGUUGUUCAAUUCUUGGCCCAAUUUUUUCUGAAUGUGUCUCUCGAAGCUAACCCUUUGGCUGAGAAAGUGGAUGAGGUAGUUCUACUCUUUUUGGGUCACAUCGACGAUGAGGUUUCAAGAAUGGCUUUAAGUGCCAUUCGCUGGAGAGUUGAAUCAAUUGCAACUCGGGCUUCUCGAGAUGAACAAUUUGCUACGUAUUUGUGGAACAUUGUAUUUGAUCUGUUGCAGCCACUCGCCACGAAACAACACACUCACAAUGCAUACGGGUUGUGGCUUCGAUUGGUAAGCACUAAAAACGUAAAUCUUCUGGAUGACCUGUAUUUCCAGAACUCGGUGGUAAGCAAAGACAAUUACUGGAAAACCCUUCAAAAGGGACUAGCUGGCAAUUCUCACGAAAUUAGAAAGUUCUGCUUGUCUAUUCUCCGGUUCUCACUCCAGUCUAUAAGCAAGUCAUUUGAUACGGAAGCUCUUCUGUGGGAUAUGGCCUACGUAAAGGAAGGCUUGGAGGAAUGGAGCACGUAUACAACCCUUUAUGAGAUUGUGGGUAUCGACACAUCGUUGCACCAAGCACAAGGUGCCCAGAAUGAGAUCUUGGACUUGUUUACACCUGAGUCACGUAUACAUCCCUCUUGGGGCUUCUGCCUUCUCAGCACUGGGUUCAAGUCUUCUAUGAACUCAGUGAGGAAGUAUUCUGCUCAGCUAUUGCUCUCGAUCAAAUCUGAAAAUCUUCAUCUACUCAAGUAUGGCUUGCCAUACUUAAAGGAGACUUUCUUGCCAUACAUGCUUCAGUCUUCACACUUUACUGUCAGACCCUCGAACUCCCUCACUAACGAGUUGAGCUGCGUUUACGGAGCACAGCUAGUGAACUUCAUCGCUAAUGUUUUCCACUCUUUGAAAACACAGGAAGACUAUGACAUGGUAAGCUCCUCGAUUCUAGAGGUCCUUGUCAGCAUUAGAGAGACGUUUGACGCGGUAAAGAUCUACACAGCAUUGGGGAUUUUGAAGGGCUUGCAAGGAAAGCACGUCUUGCGUUAUGGGAUUUGCGACAAAUUAAUCGUAAAGCUUUUCGAUGAUUUUUCUGAGGGUGAGCUCUUCCGGAGAGCUUUACAGACAACCAUCUUGAAAUUGAUCUUGUGUUUCAAGCUCGAGAACAUCGAAAAUUUCAACUCCAUUAUGAACACUUUCAUCAAUUUUAAUGGAACCGAAAUUGUUGUUGAAAACCAAAGAGAGAUACUUGAAUAUUUAAAACAAUCACAAGUUACCUCGACCGAUAUACUCAAUCACCUCAAAGCUUCAGGUGUAAUAAUCCAUUCCUCAUUCCUUUGGUAUAUUUUUAUGAAGAUGACUGACUCGAUGGAAGAUGUAACGGAAUUGUUACAAAAGGCAGAUGACCAAACGACUCUUUCAUUAACGGCAUACGACUUCAGAGUCGGACAAAUGAAACACCUCGACGCAAGACUAGGUGUUAUCAUCGAAAGGGCUAUUGAAGGUAAGGAAAUUGAGUCCACAUACUCUAUUCUAUCGAGGAUCCCUAAUCAAAACUUGCCAUUGACUGGCGAUGUUAACAUCGAGAACCUUUGGGAUCUGUUAACAUUGAACUUCCAGUCUGAUAAGUUCGACGAACUUCUUUUGGGUAUGAGUAAACUCAAAUUUUUGAAUAAUGUUGUUCCUUUGGCAAAACGUACCAAGGGCCUCUCUGAAGCGAUGGAGCUUCAAGAGGUGAUGUUUUCGAACUCCACUGGUUUAAAGUCUCGAAAUGAUUACUACAAACUAAGGGAAGAAGGUAUUGGACAGCUUCACAUUCACUAUCAGCGAAUUCUUGAAAGACACUACGAGCCAGAAAUGGAUUCAGUGCUUAUUAGUACGCUCGCUUUCGGCACAACACAUGCAACCACUCUUAGAGCAAUAUGCUUUAUCAUUCUUCUAAUGCUUGAGCAAAAGGCUCACGACGAAGCGGCUAUCACAGCUGCUAUCUUUGGUAUGUGCGAGUCAUGGGAGGAGCUCAGCAAUGAGCGCCUUAGGCUUUCCGAGAAAGAAUUGCACUGGGCUUGUAUUGAUGUGAUGUUUCAUCCUGUCAUUCUCGACAAAGCCUGCAAUGAGGAGUUUGUGAGUGAUGCUGUGGGAGCUUUCUCACAGUCUAUAAUAGAGAACUCUUACGGAAGACGUGGCUUGAUUCCAAGAAUGAUCAAGCGCCUCUCAGAUUAUCAAGUCCAAAAUCCUUCAAAAUUUGAGCUGCUCUCUUUUAUCCCGGAAGCUCUUGUACGCAUAGCAUGCCAUCGCCAGGUUGCGUCGCAUGCAUUCAAGAUUGAACCGCUCAUUGGUGAAAUCUACGAUAGAGAGCUUGCGCCUGCUCAGUCAAGCAUAUAUGAGAACGUGUACGGUCCUGAAGAAAUCCUGGGGAAGGUGUGGCUUUUUGCCAUUCUCAAUUCAAUAAAGUCAGAAAGACUUGCUACUGCUUUGAUUGAUUGUAUUCUUGGCGAAAACGAUGAAUUUCGCAUGGUUAACAUUACGAAACAAACGGACGGAUUUGAAGAAUUCGUGAGAUGUCUGUUGGCAAAAGUUAUCUUGUCAGUAAUCAACAAAGUAUCAUCUGAGAAGGUUAGGCUGGGUUACUUCGAGAAGUUCAAUUAUUUCAUUGAGAACGAUCCCAGUCCUUUAGUGAGGAUCUAUUUUGAAUGGGUCAUUGCUCUUCAUUUACUCAAGAACCAUGCAUUAUCCGAAAUUUAUUUUAAAAAGGUGGCCGAUUCGUUGGAGUCACACGAAAUGAAACCUACAACGGUGACCAUUUACGAAAGAAUUUUGUACUUGAUGAUCACAUCUCUCGACGAAAAUCUUGAGACAAAAUACUUGACUAGACUUUUGACCAUAAUUGUUCCUGCCGCAUCAACAAACAAAGCCAUAACUCGUCAUUUCUCGAUGUCGCUAGCUACCUCUGUUCAUGAGGAGAUUUCAAGAAAGCACUUGCCAUUAGAUGAAACGCUAAUCACCUUGGUGGAAAAUAUGUACAAAAGUGCUGUGGCUUCGAGCGCCUUUGGACAGUACAGAAGUGGAGAUGCUCUUUUAUGGGAUAUCGUGAACGAUUUCGACUUGGUGAGUAUCUCAGGUGGCAUUUUGCUUAGACUCUGUGACAGAGAAAUUGACUUCGUUACUACUGAGCAAUUCAACCGCUACCUCACAAAGGAACAAAAAGAGAUUUUGAACUGUCCGGUCGGAAGAGACCGCAUACACCUCUGGGUCGCCAAGAUCAAAGCAGAUCAGCAACACAACAGGGACCUUGAGGAGGCAAGUGCUGCAUCUCUGAUGCCAUUGCAAACAAAGAGUGGCGCUUGGAGUAUGGUGAUGGAUGUGAAAGAUUCAGCCACUGGUGACGAUGUGAAACGCAGUGACCUCAUUGUUGUGGCGUCCUUAGUUUCGAAGGCGCCUAAUCUUGGAGGAAUAUGUCGACUCUGCGAUGUUCUUGGGGCCGGAUUGAUGACAAUCUUCGACAUGAAGAUGACAAAGAAUGCACAGUUCAGAAACGUUGCUGUCACAGCUGACUGUUGGAUGCCGAUGAAGGAAGUGCCUUCAUCCGAUGUCAGAGACUACCUCAGGGAAAAGAAGAUGGAGGGUUAUACCUUGAUUGGCCUCGAACAAACCGACAAAUCAGUUGUGCUCAAUAGCGAGCUCAAGUUCCCCAAGAAGUCUCUCAUCUUGCUUGGCAGAGAGAAGGAAGGAAUCCCUGGUGAACUUCUUGUUGAAUUGGACUUUUGUGUUGAAAUCAAACAGGUGGGGGUUGUCAGAUCCAUGAACAUCCAGACCGCUACAGCAGUUAUUUGCCACGCUUAUUCUCUGCAGCAUUGCUAA